AUGCCGCCGAAGCGAGGGAAGAAAGGGAAGCGCAGGGGAGACUCUUCCUCCGACGACGAUGCAGUAGCAGCAGCGGUGACGGCAUCUCUCAAGAAGGCUGCUCUAGUCGACGACGACGCCCCGGAGGAGGGUGCGGCAGCAGCAGCGGCAGGCAAGGGCCGGCAGCAAGUCAAGGGCGGCAAGGCCAAGGGCAAGAAGAAGGGGAAAGGGGGAAGAAAUAACAACGAUUCCGACAGCGACGACGGCGACGCGCUGGACCCCUUGGCCCAUCUUCGCGGCGGAAAAGGGAGGCGGGGCGGUGGUGGUGGUGGCGACUCGGACGAGGAGGACCGCCGCAAGAAGCCGCUUACCAAGAAGGAGAAGCGCAGGCUGGAGGAGGAGCAACGUCGCCGAGAGAAAGAGGCGGCCGGCGGAGACUCCCAGGAUGACGAAGAUAAGGCCGAGGGCAACGCUAAGGGCCAAGACGCGGACGCCAUGGCCCCGAAAGACGGCGACGGUGGUGAGGGGGCAGGAGAAGACGCGGAGGAGGGUAAGAAGAAGAAGCCGCUGACCAAGAAAGAGCAGCGCAGGCUGGACGAGCAGGCGCGGCUGCAGAGGGAGCAGCAAGAGGAAGAACGAAUCGCCGCCGCUGACGCCGCGGCUGCUGCAGCCGAAGCGGAGCGUGCUGCCGGCGAAGGCGAUGCCGUCGGUGAUGCCACGGAACCUGCCGCGGGGCAAUCCAAGAAGGGCAAGAAAGGAAAGAAGAAGGGGAAGAAAGGCCGAGGGAACGACGGUAGCAAUAGCGACGCCGCGGGAGAGGGGGACGAGGACGCUCUUAGCCGCGGCAUGGAGUCCCUGUCCAUCGGCGGCAACCCCGCCGCUGCUCCGGCCAAGCUUUCCAAGAAAGACGACGACGAGGAGGACGACGGUCAGAAGAGGCGCAUGUCUAAGAAGGAGCGGAAGAAGGCCAAGCUGCAGGCGGGCAAGAAGAAGGGGAAGGCACCGGCGGCGGAAGAGGUGGUGGUAGAGGAACCACCGCCGCCGCCGCCCGCUGCCAAGGCCGACAGUGACGAGAAGAGAAGUCCGUCCCCUCCUCUUCCACCCGCCGCCGCCGGCGUGCAGGCUUCGUCGAUGGUCGUACAAGAAGAAGCGGCGGCGAUGACGCGGCCGCUGCGCGGCAAGCGGCGGAGGAUAAAGCCGAGGAGAAGAGGCGGAAGGAGGAGAAGAAGGCCCGCAAAGCUAAGAAGGAGGCCCCCAAGGAAAAAGGAUUCCAAGGUGAAGAGCAUCCUCGAGGACCUGGACGACGGGGCGUAUUACGGAAGCGACCACGAGGAGCAGGCUAGUAGGGCUGCCAAGGGCGGGGCGAAGGCGAAGGAGACGGUCGAGCAGGAGCUCGCUCGCUUGGUGGCUGCGGCAGAGGCGGGAGGCAAGACCGCCACCGCGCGCCAGCGCAAGAAGAUUCUUCAAGACAUCGAGGCUCGUCGGCGAGCUGCGAAGGAGGAGGAGAUGGAGGAGGCUGCCCACCGUGACGGGGCUCAGUUCGGGUGCUCGCAGACGGCGGUGACCGCCGGAGAUCAGCAAUGGGCCAACUCGCUGGACGUGACGAUCGAAGCCUUCAGCAUCUCGGCUCACGACAAGACCCUGUUCAAGGACUCUCCCCUCCAGAUCGUGCACGGACGCAAGUACGGCCUGGUCGGCCCCAACGGGGCGGGGAAGUCCACCCUCCUCAAGAUGAUGGCCUCGGGAGAGCUCAAGAUUCCCCCGAGGAUCGACUGCCUGUACGUGGAGCAGGAGGUGGUGGCCGACGACACCCCGGCGGUAAUCGCCGUCAUGAAGGCCGACAAGGCCAGGUGGAACCUGAUGGAGGAAGAGAGGAAAGUGAACCGCUUGCUGAGAGACGAUCCAGAGAACGACAAACUGAACGAUCGGCUGCAACAGGUGCACGAGGAGCUGCACUCGUCCGGCGGCGACGGGGCCGAAGCCCAAGCCAGAAGGAUCCUCUUCGGUCUCGGAUUCGACGACAUCAUGCAGGUGAAGGCCACGAAGCACUUCUCGGGAGGGUGGAGGAUGCGCAUCUCCCUCGCGCGAGCCCUCUUUAUGGAGCCGACCCUGCUCAUGCUCGACGAGCCUACGAACCACCUCGAUCUCAACGCCGUCAUCUGGCUGGACGACUACCUGCAGAAGUGGAAGAAGACAUUGCUUGUGGUGUCUCACGACCAAGACUUCUUGAAUAGCGUCUGCGAGGAGAUCCUCCACCUGGACCACCAGAGGGUCAACCAGUACAAGGGAAACUACGACCAGUUCAAGGAGAUGGAGGCGCAAAAGCGGCGGCAGCAGGCGAAGGAGUGGGAGAAGCAGCAGCGUCGACUGGCUGCGUUGAAGAAGGGUGGUCAGUCUAAGGGCAAGGCCGAGGAGACGGUAUCGACGCUGAGCCCCCCCGUCCUGGAGGUGAUGGACGUGGACUUUAAGUACCCCACCGGACCGACUAUCUUGAAGGACGUCAACUUCGGCUUGGACCAGACGUCGCGGGUGUGCAUUGUCGGCCCCAAUGGUGCAGGCAAGACGACCCUGCUGAAGCUGCUGACGGGAGCGCUGGAGCCCACGGAAGGCUUCAUCCGAAGAAACCCCCGCAUGCGCGCGGGAAUCUACAACCAGCACUUCGUCGACCGACUCCCGAUGGACAUCGACCCCACCAGCUACCUCCGAUCCAAGUUCUCGGACCAGUGCGACUACCAGCAGGCGAGGAACCUUCUUGGAAGGUUCGGCCUCGAGGGACACGCUCACACCAUCAAGAUGCGCGACCUGUCGGGGGGGCAGAAGGCCCGCGUCGUCUUCUGCGAGCUGUCCCUGCAGGCGCCGCACGUGCUGUUCCUCGACGAGCCGACGAACAACUUGGACAUUGAAUCCAUCGACGCUCUCUGCACGGCCGUUACGGAGUUCAAUGGCGGUGUGGUGGUGGUGACUCACGACGCGCGGCUUAUCGAGGCUACGGAGUGCCGGCUGUGGAUUGUCGACGAGCAAGAGGUCACCCCGUGGCAAGGCGAGUUCGAUGAGUACCGUGCGGACCUCCUGCAGAAGCUGGAGGACAAGCUCGCUGCCCAGGAGCAGGCGAGAUUGGACAAGCUCUCCGCCUAAACAACCAACGACUCUUGUGACAAAGGGUGUCGGGAAAGCUUGGUGGACAUGCUGCUGUUCGCCGGUGUGUUAUGAACGCGUGGCUCUUUGUGUGUUGAGCGUCUUGUGUUGCUUGCGUGGAUGGGUUGCUGCCUCUCGUUGGAUUGUUCGACUUGCAAUGUUUCGUUUCGGUUUGUUCUUGGUGAGGCAACAAGGCGUUGGUCGUGGGUCUGUGCCGACAUGUUGUCCCACUUUCUGAAACAAAGCCAUGAAUGACGUUUUGGCCCAUAGCUUUCGCGGGUGGAUGGGUGGGUGGGUCGACCCUGUGUCUCUGCGCUGCACGAUGAGGGGAAUCGAACCGAGAACAUGCGGUAAGGGUUACAGUUACUCCUCCGAGCUUUCCUCGCGACCGCGCCUUCCUCGAGGAGUUGUU